AUUGGAUAUUGGAUCUGCUAGUGACUAAACCAAGUGUUGCGUUGCAUGCAUUACCUCGUGUGAGGUGGGGUCAGAGUGUUUUUUUUGUGUAAGGUCACACAUUUACGUCUAGUUUAUGAACUUUCGGUCAAUAUUCAUGCAACAAUAUGCGUCAUUAUGAUUUAAGAUGCCUUCAGCACUUUUAUGAUGAUCUCAUUAGUAAUAAGCUUAUAAGCAUCUUCACUAAUUGAAUUAUCUGAACCCUACUUCUUCCUUGGAUUUUUUUCGUGGUUAAUUAGACUGUCAUCCUCAGUUCAGACAGGCCUCCGAUUCUGUGAUAAUUUCAGUUAUUUCAAUGAGGGGUUUUAACUUUUCAUUGAUUUAACGAGUUCGAAAUUCAUGCCGGCACCUGUAUUUUGGAAUCUGAAGCUGUCUUAUUCUCGCACUGUUGUUAAUCGCUUUCAUCAUAAGGUUUAGGCACAUCUUGUGUACUUAUUCGGACACUUUCAAUAUAUUUGUCACGAGCUUGUAUAAAUCGAUUGAUUCCUUUGCGCUCGUUUAUUUUAUGCGGUUCCAGCUAUUUGGUAAUGUCCAAUAGUUAAUAGUCUGGCCACUCGACUGCAGUAAUCCCAGUCAGUUUGGUAGACAUUUGUGGACUUGUAUGUUUUGUAGUUUGUGUGUGUUGGUCACAGGGGUCGUAGAGCUUCUGUAUAUCAACAGCUAUCAUAUUGCCUGGUAGGUUUGUUUGUUGCAAUGUAAAAAUAAUAAAGUGAUAAUUUGAGUCAUAAGAGAAGACUAUUGUUAUAAGAGCAAAUAAGUAAGUCAUUUAAUUUGUGUUUCAGGCGGUGUGAAACGUAAGGGGGAAAAUGAGAGAAAUGAAAAUAAGAGAGAUAGGAAGUAUUACUGAUAUUCAGUAAUAAUAGUCGUGUUAAAUUAUAAAACAUUCAUAGACACAGCUGAUUCAAGAGAGAGAUGCCAACUCAUAGGUCAGUUUGUGUUUGUCAAGUAUCCUCUGGAAGCUAUCCACUUAGGGGGCUGCAUUUACUUCGCUCAGGGGAGCAUUUUAAUCGGGAACAACUCUUAAUGAGUAAAUGUGAGAACGUACCUGCGUGUUUUUUCAAUUUUCAACCUUUCUAGGGUUAUUUUGAGGAGGGUAGUGGCAAUGUUCGUGUAGAUUCCGUGUUAAGCUAACUUAGCGUAUCUAAUAAAUUGUAUACCAUUACCAAACCACCUUUUAUUCCUUUAAACUUCAGUAAGUAUUCCCAAAUGUUUGAAUAUCCUGGUUUUUAAGCAGAUUGCCUAAAGUAUGUCGGCCAGUUUCGUGCAAACUGACCCCUAGGUUUUUUUCUUGCAUAGCGUGUCUCAUUAGUUUGAUCAUGGUCUUUGAGUCUUGUACUGCUGGUUGUUAUUUAAGUUAAACGACACUAAGGUGUGUUCUCUCUGGCUUUCCCGAUGUUGUCUAACGAGGCAAAUAAUUCCUAAAGCAUCACAAAUCAUCAGGCCCAGUUGACUUACCUGCUGCCCUUGUUAAAGAUAGUGGCGACCUAAUUAAGGAACUGAGUGGGUUGUUUACGGUCUGAGAACUAGAGUGGGUUCCAAUAUCAUGGAAUUAGCCGAUAGUUGUCAUUUCUGAACUAACUACCGUGGGUUAAGUCUACUUCCGGUCGCGUCCAGAUUAUUGGCUUCCAUCAUACUUCGUAGAUUGUUCGAAACCUGAGAAAUAUUAACUCUUGAGGAGCAGGCUGUUUUUCUUUCUGAUUGAGGAUGUUUUGAUCAUAUAUUCACCUUCCAUCAAAUGUUAGAACGCUGUCAUACUUAUUACACAUAAACAAACCUAAUGUUUUUUGACAUUAGGGCGGCCUUCGAUUCGUUGGACAGGGUUGUUCUUUGGGAUUGUCUAUUGAUGGUGUGCCUGAGAAGUUGAUUAACAUUUUUAAAGCCAUAUAUACUGACACUUCAUACAGAGUGAGGACAUACAACCACCUCUUUUCAAAUUUCUCAUCAAGGACAUUCUGGAAACAACUCUGAUGGAAGUAGUUAAUAGUGGUGUGGAUCUGUUACCCGAAGAAGGCUUCGACCUUGAGUAUGCGGACUAUAUUGUCUUACUGUGUGGUGAUACCCAAGCCAUACAGUUCGCACUUAAUCAGUUGGUAGUCAGUGUCCGUAGGUGUGGCAUAUGCUUUGUACCUUCCAAGUGCAAAGUACUUCUACAAGACUAAGCUUACACUCACCUUAGAUAAUGAGCAGGCAGAAGCAGUCGAGAAGUUCGUAUAUCUGGGUAGCUUGCGUAAGUGCUGUUGAUGGCAUUAGUGAUGAGAUCCAUUGAUGUAUAGUUAAACCCGGAACAGCUUAUGCGAAUCUGGGCCAUCCUUGGCGCCUUCGUGAUGUUACUCUGGUUGUAGAAAAUCGGAUCUACAACGCGUCAGUGACAGCAGUUUUAUUCUAUGCUUGUCAGACCUGGCCUCCGAGUUGAGGAUGUGAGAUGACUCUGUGUUUGACCAUCGUUGUCUCCGAAGGAUUGCUGACACCCGGUGGCAAAACCAUGUUAACAGUGCAGAAGUUCGGCAUCGUGUGUUCGGGCACAGAGACGAUAAUCCAAUUGGUGUCACCACCUUGAAACAUCGGCUACGAUGGUUUAGUCAUGUCCUACGAAUGUCGUCCUAGAGAAUCCCACGCCGUGCAUUAUUUUCCGACUCUGCAACCUAUUGGAAAGAGCGAAAAGGUGGUCAGUGUAUGACAUGGUGUCGUGGUAUGAGAGAAAUAUGUACAGGACUGGCUUCUCUCAGUCCUUCACGACUCCCUGGUUGGGGUCCUAGAGAUGAUGCAACAGUGAUUAGAGACGUUAUUUGACAUGGUUUAAAAUAGAAACCAGUGGCAAUCCUAUUUUAACUCCCUUUUACUUUCUUCGUUAAAGUAAACGUAACUUCUUCAAUUAGGAUUCUGGUUGUAUUUUUCCCAACUGAGCUAUUUCUCCCAUAGUAAUAAUAAUUAUUCACUCAUACACUAUUUUCUGUUCGUUGUUGUUUUUCUUUUUGUUAUACGUAUUGUACAUUCUCUAUCUCCUCACAGCCUCAUUGCUACUGUGUGGCGCAUAUGUAUUAGGUUCCCCGUUAUUCCAAUGUCCAUGUGUCCAAAUGAAAUAAAAAAAAUAGAAGUAGGGACAUGGGUAAAAGUGUGAUCUUGAUUAGUUAGUUAGAGAUUCAGUUUUGGUGAUGAAUUGAGUGAUCCAUGUUGUACACAAUACUCUGACGUUCAUUGUCUGGUGUUGUCUUGAGCUUUCUUAAAAUCCUGUUCGUAGAAACAAGGAUUUUUGACUUAUCAAACUGUUGAUUAAGACCUUUUUCUCUUCUAGUAGUGCUUGGAGUUUUAGUAUACAUACUGUUGCAACACUGGCAGAGAAAUCCAAUUCAGGGCCUCUCCGCAGAAAUAUUGAGUAGUAGGGGUAACAUAACUAACUUGAGUGGUUGGCAGAGAUCGGACUAAUCCACCACUCUUUCGUAAACCGAAUUAAACGGAAUUCCAUUUGUUGGGGCUCCUAAAAAUUUUACGGGUUUCCCUAUGUUUAUGUAUGUGAAUUGCGUGGGUUUCGGCUUGUGGGGUAUAUAUAUGUGGGUAUGUACAGAGCGUACACGUGUGGUUUAGCAAAGCGGACGUAAGCUGAAAUGUCUGCCCUAUUUCUUAUAAAAUCUCUGGCCUAAUCCUUUAGGUCGAAGACAUAAUAAAAAGAGAUGGCAGCAAAUACUAGGGAGAGGUGACCAUUAAUGUUCCUUGAAAGAGUGCUUAUGCCUAUAGGUAUAUCAUGAAGUGUAGGGUCGAAAGCCUUUUACCAGCGAUAUGCACGUAAUGCGUAAGUUACCGUCACUCGUAUUAAAUGUUUCUAAAGGAGUGGUAACCAUCUACCCUUCCAGGUGGGUAAAUAUACUUACAUGUAUGCUAUGUGAUGGAUGAGUGAAAACUUGUAUGUUACCGGUGUAGAUGUAGAUUAUACUUACCUCUGGUGAGACAUCUGCGUGCCUAGACCUAAGGGUGGGUUUAUAAACCUUAGGAAACGGAAACCGUUUCUAGAAAACCAGUCGGGUUCACCGGCUAAGGCUUGACCAACCUUGACACCGUACUGUGCAUAUUACUAAUUAGACUAAAGGUAAAAUAUAGGACAGUUUAAAGAGGAAGUGCACAAGACGAAAUUUUUGAAACAGACAAAUAAUGUACGUAAGUGAGUAUAUGCCACACAAGAAUAGAACCUAAGAUAUACCAAAAAUUGCAACGUUACCUUUGACCAUCCUAGCAAGCGACUUCGCGUGUAUUUAGUAAUUUAUUCAUAAGUCCCGCGUUUGAAAGUUAAUGGAUUUGUGUAUGUUGCAUUUGAAGCAACUAGUAAGAGAACAGUUGGUCGAAACAUUUUCUUCCGUCAUUCUGCUUACCUGCUUUCUGCCCUCACUCCGCUUUGCACGUUCUCCCAACAGUUAAAAUACCUAAGUGGAAAUAGCUAUUAUUAAACGGUUUGCCAAUGUACAAGUUCUCAGUGAUAACUGUCAAUUACCCCUACUCCUCAACUAGUAACGUUUGAGUUCACAGAACUUGGUUUUCAUUAUUUCCUAUUCUAGUAUUCAAUCCUACUUGUUAUAUCCAAAUUGCUUUACAGGGUUAACAAUAAAGUCGCUUCGUCAGUCAAACUGGUAUGGCUGUAAUCUCAGAUAUAAGAAAGCCAAAGACACAUAAAGGGAAAAGAGUCUUAGAGCGAAGAGCUCCUAAAUUAGUAGAGAAUGACAAAUGCACCCUUGUCAUAAAGGGUGGUCAUACAAGUGACGUUGUUAAUACGUUUCUCAAUGAUUUAGUGAGUCGUAUGUAUUUGUCUUUUUAUUAUUAGUGCGCUUUGAAAAAACCACUUGUUUAUCGUUUAAAGUGGAAAAAUAGAGUCCUCCCCUUCGAAGAUUUAUCAUUUAUUGAGAAAAUGUGUAAUAAGUUCGACUGCUCAAUGUUUGUCGUUGGGAUGCAUUCCAAGAAAAGACCGCAUAACAUUAUUUUUGGAAGGCUGCAUGAUGGUGAGCUACUAGAUAUGUUUGAACUUGGCAUAAAAAUGUACAAACCGAUAUCGGAUUGUAAAGUAACUUACAGACUAGUAAUACUAACUCCUCUUAAGGACAAAACUCUCAUAUAUGGAGCUAAGCCCAUGUUAUUAUUUUCUGGAGAGUUGUUCAACUUAGACACAAAACAUAUGACUUUAAAAUCUUUGUUAGUAGAUCUUUUCAAGGGCCCAACAGUUGAGAAGAUAAGAACAUUAGGUGUUGAACACCAGUUCCACUUUGUUUUGUCGUCAGACAAGAAUUUAUGUCUUCGCGUCCGGAAAAUUACCCUGUCAACAAAAGGCAAAACAAACUCAACUGAACUCAAUGUUCCACCUCUAAAGACUCCAGAUGGUAAAGUAGUUCAGAUUACACUUGAAGAUGCUACCCCAAGUGCUGACUUUGAUCUACGACGAGUAUCUUUGCCGUCCGAGGACAAAUGGAAACGAGCUCAUCGUGUACCCCCUGAAGUUAUGAAAGGUGACAAAACGCCUAAAAAUAAAUCUGUCGAUGUUUUCGGUAGCCGAAUAGGACGAGUUCAUGUUGGCAAGUCUUCUGAACUAGAGAAUUUACGACCUGGAUCUACCAUCCGAACUGCUCUGACCGGGCAUCGAAAACGUGGUUUUGAACGAAUAAAAUCUGGUGUCAGCAAAUCUAAAAAAAUAUCAGCUCCUAGUGACCUUAGCGUUAGCAAACGGCGUAAACUGUUUACUGAUGCUUAACCAAAUACACUUUUGCUCUC